AUGCCCAGCUAUACUCUCAGUAUCUGUUUCAUAAACACACACACAGGCGCGGGAGGAGCAGGUAGAGAUAAAUACAGCGUCUGUCGCUGUCUCUCCCUGUGCCCAGGAGCGCCUCCCUGCAGUGAGGGCGCAGUAGCUCUGAAUGGCAGGGCCUGCCCGACUCACCCCGCCGGGAAGAGGCUCUUGCUGGGCCCCCUGGUUGCUGUGCAUCGGGGAGAGGAACUUUCUCUCUUUCCCCUCCCAGGCUCAAGCCCGGGCACAAAGUUAAGCAGCCCGGACCAGCCCACGCCAGAGGCUGCAGCUGGCGGGUCUGCGAACUCCGGCGCGUGGUUUAAUAGCGGGCGCCUCUCUCCUCCUCUCCCUCCGCCCCCCUUCCCCUCUGCAAGUUGGUGCCCGGGCGUGUGCAGCGAGCAGCGGGUGCGUGGCAUGAACCUGGAGAGCAGCGAGUGCGGGAUGAGCUCGGUGAGCUGCGGCAACGGGAAGCUCCGCCAGUGGCUGAUUGACCAGAUCGACAGCGGCAAGUACCCGGGCCUGGUGUGGGAGAACGACGAGAAGAGCAUCUUCCGCAUCCCCUGGAAACACGCCGGCAAGCAGGACUACAACCGCGAGGAGGAUGCCGCCCUCUUCAAGGCUUGGGCUCUUUUUAAAGGAAAGUUCAGAGAGGGCAUUGAUAAACCAGAUCCCCCAACUUGGAAGACAAGGCUACGGUGUGCUUUGAACAAGAGCAAUGACUUUGAAGAACUGGUUGAGAGAAGCCAGCUGGAUAUUUCUGAUCCAUAUAAAGUGUACAGAAUAGUGCCAGAAGGAGCUAAAAAAGGAGCAAAACAACUCAGCCUAGAGGAUCAACAGAUAAUGAUGAACCAUCCGUACACAAUGACUUCUCCUUAUACUUCACUACAGGCUCAGGUGUCAAACUACAUGGUACCUCAUGAACGUAACUGGAGAGAUUUUGCCCCAGAGCAGCCACACCCUGACAUCCCCUACCAAUGCCCAAGUGUUCCUUUUGCAGCUCGCAGUCACCAUUGGCAAGGUCCUGCUUGUGAAAACGGUUGUCAGGUGACUGGAACCUUUUAUGCUUGUGCACCAUCUGAGUCACAGACUCCUGGGAUCCCAAUAGAGCCAAGCAUAAGGUCUGGUGAAGCUCUUGCACUAUCAGACUGUCGACUACACAUCUGUCUAUAUUACCGUGAAAUACUGGUGAAAGAGAUGACGACUUCAAGUCCCGAAGGCUGUAGAAUAUCUCAUGCCCAAAAUUAUGAGGUCAGCAGCUUGGAUCAAGUUAUCUUCCCCUAUCCAGAAGAUAAUGGCCAGAGGAAAAACAUAGAAAAAUUACUGAGCCACUUGGAACGAGGAGUAAUACUCUGGAUGGCACCUGAUGGGCUUUAUGCUAAGAGACUUUGUCAAAGCAGGAUCUACUGGGAUGGACCUCUGGCGAUAUGCAGUGACAGGCCAAAUAAACUGGAAAGGGAGCAGACCUGCAAACUUUUUGAUACUCAGCAAUUUUUAGCAGAACUGCAAGCUUUUGCCCACCAUGGACGUCCAUUGCCUAGAUUCCAGGUUGCUCUGUGUUUUGGAGAGGAAUUUCCAGACCCACAAAGACAGAGGAAGCUAAUUACAGCCCAUGUUGAGCCAAUGUUUGCAAGGCAGCUGUAUUACUUUGCUCAACAAAACAGUGGACAUUUUCUGAGAGGCUAUGAUUUACCAGAACAUGUCACUAGUCCAGAGGAUUACCACAGAUCUAUUCGCCAUUCCUCCAUUCAAGAAUAA